UCAGCUAUCUCCAGAAAUCAGCACUGACGCCGCUGCCCGAUGUCCUCGUGGGGAGUAGCCACGGUUCCCACGAUGACAUAGUCGCGGCUGCGGCCUGUGGGACUCAGGUCUAUGCUGGGCGAGUCGAGACAAGCUUCGUACUUGCCACCGACUGCACCGAACCCAGGGCGAGCAGCCAAUGCUGCCAGUACCGCACUGCGCUUACUGGAGUGCAACCCUGAGUCGUUGCUGGCGCCCGAUGCCUCGCGCCGAGGCGGCCGUUUGUCCGCGGCGAAGUUGGCGCGGCAGCGCUAUGAAGAGGCCCUUAAGGCGAAUGCCGUUCAGGGAGAUUUGCUGGAGUUCGACACGCCCAGCGCUUCGAAGAUCGCCGAAGAUGCGCCAAACGAUGAGGCGUCAACGUCCGUACGCUUUGCGCCGGCA